AUGAUUUUAAAAAUAUUACCCAUGAAAUUUUUGUUUUUGAUUGUUAGUCUUUUGUUUUGUAAAAAUUUUAAAGAUUUAUUAAAAAAGAGACUUACAAAGGAAAAUUUUGAACCGGUGAGUGCUGAUUUUUUUCAGAAUAAUAAGUGUUUUGUUUAUAAGAUUAUUAUUAAUGAUCAGAAUUUAGUAUGCACGACAACUGAGUUAGAAAAAGUUAUCUCUAAUCAAAGAAAGCCAUUAAAGGCUGAGUAUGAUUUUUCACCCGAAGCAGAAACCGAAAUACUUAAAAAUAUUUAUUUUUUAAAAAAUGAAGAAAAAAUAUUUUUUGUAAGUUUUUAUUUGUCUAACAUUUAUAAUAAGAGAAUACAAAACAUAUGUCAACAGGCAUUAAAUUCUAUUAAAAGAAGUUAUCCGUCUUUGUGUAUAAUUCCAGGUUUUGGUUUGAACCGUUUUCAAAAACUUACUUGUAAUUUUUUAGCUUUAGAUAAAAACUAUCAGCCAGCAUUUCAUAUUCCAAGUAUUAAAGAUGGUAAAAUAAGUACAAUAAAAAUAACAGGGAAAGAUUUAAAUCUAGCAGGUCACUUUAAAAAUAAUUUAUUGCAAGUAAUAAAACAUGGAAUUAAUCAAAAAGAGGUUAAAAUGUGUUUUGAAAAUUUUGAUUUUGUUAAAUUUUGGUACUUUAAUACUGUUUAUUCUAUUGAGUUUAUCGAUACAUCGAAACUACUUUGUAAAAAGGAUGGAGAAUAUCAUAUAUUUGAAAAUAGGUGCUUAUGUUGUAAACGGGUAAGUAUAUCUGCUAAUUUGAAUAACUUUUUGAGACAAAAUCAAAUGUCAAAAGGUGUUCUUGCUCAAUCUGAAAAAUUUAUUAACGAAUUCUUAAAUAUUACCUCAGCCAAAGCAUUCGCAACUAUGAUUUUGUAUAAUUCCCUUCCAAAAGAUACUAUAAGGAAUAUUAUUUAUGCGAAUGUUAGUGAUGCAUCAAAUUUUUACCGUGUAGCAUUAGCAUUUUGGUUAAAAAAUAAUACGCCAAGGUUACCUAUAGAAAUUGAUAAUGGUACCAACAAAAGGGAUUUAGAACAUAAAUUAUUGAUUUUUAAAGAAGAAUUAACCUCUGAAGAAGCAGAAAAAAUCAAAUCGUUUUAUAAUAUUUUAGCAAAAUGUGAGUUUAUUACCGUUAGUGACAUGAACGAAUUAUUUUAUGCAUUUAUUAUUUGCAAAGCUUGUGCAGAGAAUAAUCAUCCUAAACUUUUAGCUUAUAAUUCUAACAUGCACAGAGCAAAAGAAUUUUUAGGUUUAAGUCUGCCAUCUUUAAGUAUAUUAGAAUCGUUUUAUACAAUAUUUGGAGAUUAUAAAAAAUUUAUGGGUGCUAUUGAUCUGAAAGGAGAAGAAAAUUCAGUUUAUAGUAUCAUAGAAAGAGAAAUAGAGGAAAGAUUAAAAAAGAAAGAGUAG